AUUUUCGAGCACUUUUUUGAAAAUAUUGUAUCCAUACGCAUUAAUAAAUAGGUAUUGACUUUUUAUACUUUUAACUUUUACGUCAUAUUUCGAGGAUCAGAUGUUUGCGCUUUGGGUUCGGUGGCGUUUAUUAUUUGUUGAACUCCAACAUUUAACAUUUAACAUUAACUACUAAAAGUCAAUAAAUACAUUUAAAUAUAAAUCUUAAUAUUAUGUAACAAAUGUAUAAAUGUGUAUUGAUAUUAUUUAUAUACAGCCGAAGCGAGUAAUAUUAGCGCUCCUGGCAAUUGGAAAAAUGACAAUUUUGCGCCCUCUUAUCCUCAAAAAUUUGUUGAUUUUGCGCUAUACCAAAGUAUAUUAAUUAUAAAUGGAUCGUAAACGGAUAUUAUAUCAAUGAUUCGAUGUACAGAUUAACAACUUAAUCGAUUGGUGCUGCAGUGGCGUGGCGAACUAAAAAUUGUUUAGAGGCAAAUUACAAAUAUUCCAAGUAUUGAUGCAUAAUAAUGUAUUAAUAUAAUAUACAUAAUUAUAUUUUAGAUCAUUAUUGACUACCUAUUGAGUAUAACAUAUUACAUAUUUUACUUGGGAACCCACUGGUUACCGCCCACCCCUCUAUUUAAGAAAAAUCUUAGAGGCAAUUGCCUUUGAAAUUACCGUUCACAACACCACCGAUUGGUGGAGCCUGGGUAGUGGGGACUUCUUUUUUUUAGUGAAGCGAUGAGCUAGUUUAGAUGUUUAAAAUAUAAAUUGUCUGUUUCUCUCAUUCUCGUAUCAGCCAAAUUAUUAAUAUUACGCCAUUAUUGCGUAAUAAUGAAUCUAUAUUUCAAUAUUUCAUUCGUUAUUUUAAUGUCAAUAAGGGCUAUCCCUAGGGUCUAUAGAGUGUAGGGUUUAUAUUCUAUACGUUAACUAUCAUUAUUAUUUAUUACUUUCUGUAAAAUGAAUAGGUACCUAAUACAUUAAUUAUUUCCAUAGAUAUUGGUAACUAUUGUCUUUAUUGUAAAGUGACGUAAACAUAUUUUUUUUCCAAUUUCGUACCAUUUCGUAAGACAAUAAUGUAUUUGAAUACGGAAAAAUAAAUAAAAUUUGCUAUUGGUAUACUAUGGAAUAAAUCGUGAGCCCUACGCGGCUACGCUCACAGUUUCUAUGGUAACGCUUACGGUUUUUACCGUCACUAUUUUAGAUCAAUACUAUAUUCUCCACUCUACCACUACCCUUGAUUAUUCCAUGCAGGUCUUACGUUGUUUACUUUAUUUACGCAUUAUCUCGUCGUCUGUUGAACACAAUAUUAGUUCGAUACUGUAUUAUUGCCUUUUGUUUUGGUUUUUUUCGCGAGUUGUGUGAUUAGUGUUAAAUAUAGUCACGAAAUUUAUACAUUAUAACAUCAAAGAAUAGAUGUUACUACAUAUCGUGUUACGCGUAAUAUUUACAAACUUAAAAACCUAGUUUUUCAAAUUUAAUUAAGCUCGAAAGUCGCAUCCAUAGAUCAGAAUGCAUAGUUUUGGUUUGCAGUCAGCUUUGGCGAUUCGCCGUCAACGCAAGAGACGAGCUGAACUUAAACGGCAUGUGGAAAGACGUCGCUUAAGUUCUCAGUCGAUAGAAAGUGGAAUUCAUGGUUCUAAAUCUACUGUGACUAGCCCAACAGAAUACCAUGGAUCUGUUGGUAGCCUAUCACAAGGGGCAAGGAGAAGAAAGAGACCACCUAAAAUGCUUGAUACUAAAGUUGCUUCUAGCAUAGGCAUGCUUCACGUUGGUGUGGUGUUUUUAGUUUUGGGCCUUUUUUUAAUUGGAUCUGGCAUUAUACCUGAUGAUUAUGUUUCGUGGGCUUCAAAAAAUUGGGUUAAUGAACUUGUAAUAACUGGUUUAACUUCAAGUAUAAUUGGUAUCUUUUUGCUUGUGUUGAAUCAUUUCAUUAACCGCAAAGCAGAAUCAGAUUUAGCUGCAUAUGUGGAACGCCAAUUGACCAGAACAAGAUCAGGUAGAAGACUGGUAUCAGAUGCAGAAACUGGUGCUAUGCAUACAAAACAACAGCAUAAAGCACGACAACAGAGUCAAAGUCAACAGCCAAAUUCUCCCGGUUCAGAUCUUGAUCAAAUAGCUGAAGAAGAAGCAUGUGGUUCAGAGUAUAGACCUGUUGAUCAAUAUAAUAAUCUUGAAACAGAGAGGCAGAAUCCAGGCAGGACACAUAAUGCAUACAAUAGGGAAUUAUUGGUAACACGGUGUUAUGAUACAACUGAAACAUAGUAAGUUUUAACAAAAUAACUUAAUAAGAAGUUAAAAAAAAAAAAAUGCCGUUUUUAAAAUAAAUUACUAUUAAGAUAUUUAAUUUAUAUUUAAAAAUUAUUUAAAUUUAUUUUAUUUGCCUGUUUAUGAAUGAAUAUUGACUUCCUUAAUUACCUAAUAUUUAAAUAUUUAAUUAUACCUAUAUUUUAUACUUGUAAUUUGAUAUUUUUAUACUAUUUAGUUGACUUUUGUAGCUUUGUGUUUUAAUAUUGUUAAUUAACUAUAAAUGCACAAUACAUUUAGUAAACUGUCAAAUUUUUAUUGAUUAAAAAAAAAAACAUUGUACGUAUUGUUUUGCUUGUAUUAUAAUAUUUUUGGUUUGAAAUUUGAAUUGUCAACUUAAAAAUACAAUUAACUGUGAAAUCACUAACUAUAGUUAUAUGAUUUAAAUUUUUGUUAGGAAAAAAUGAUAAGCAAUUAAUAUAUUAUAAUUAGUUAUUGUU